UCAACCCAAUUCAAAACUACACAAAACCGCUACAUAUACCGUCCAGUUGAGCUUUUUGGAUACUCACUACAAUACUGCAAAGCUCUGUUAUCAUCGUCGCCGAACCCACGCCAAUCAGACAGUCAGAAUGGGCGCCAGCGCAAAAAGGAAGAAGGAGAAGCAGAAGGAUUUCCAGAAACCCAAGUUGAAGGUCGGAAAGGCCAAGGCCAAGCCGGAGAACUUCACAGAUACCAGCUUCAAGUCAAAAUCAAUCGUCCUAAACCAACAAUCUCUAAAACUAUCCGCCCCCUCGGCAUCAACACAAUUCACCCACCACCUCUCUCUCCUAUCUAGCAAAUCAGACUCGCAGCGCCGGGACUCACUCGCGCACCUUACAACGACAAUCGCAUCCCGACCGGUGAAUUCCCCUCUCCCGCAACCCGUAAGUCUCCUCCUCCCGCACCUCCUCCCCUUAACCCUCGACGCAAACUCCGGCGUGCGGACAAACCUCCUCAAGCUCCUGCGCGCACUGCCGGAGUCUGACGUCGCCGACCACGUUGGCCAACUCCUCCCCUACAUCCGCGCCGGGAUGACGCAUCUCGCGCCGGAUAUCCGGGUGUCGAGCGUUGAGGUGCUAGGCUGGUUAGUCGAGGUUGCGGGGUCCGAGGUCGUGAGUUGUGCGGGCGGGUGGGUGAAGACGCUGAACUGUUUCCUGUCGGUGCUCGGGUGGCACACGGAGGCGUCGUCGAAGUGGACGACAAGCGAGACGAAGCCCGCGGCGAGUUUCGGCAAGGCGGGUGCCAAGGGGAAGCCGCAGGUGAAAGUGCUUUCUGUGCUUGCGGCGUUUCUGGAUGCGGGGAUUGGGUCGGAGGCGAUUGGGGAUGAUGAUGGGGAUUCGGACAUGGAUUCGGGGUUUCCGGUUCGGCAGUUUCGCGCGCAGAUGAUUCCGCAGACGGCGGUGCCGUAUGCGUAUCUGAAUCUGUUUGGCAAGCCGCGGGAUGAGGAGGGGGAGAUGUAUGAGACGCGGGAGGACCGGUGGAGGGUGUUUGAAGCGAGGUUUUUGGCUGCAGUUGAGAAGGGCGUCGAAGGAGCGCGGGCUGAGGGGGGUGAGGUUGGCAGGGCGAGUGCGGGAGUUAGGAAGGUGCUGGUUGAGGCGAGGGGGUGAUCCGACAGCGCGCGAUCUACGAAUAAGGAGAGAAUGGAAUGGGAACUUGAGGCCUAAAUGGGCAUAUUUUGCCAGCGCGAAGGGCGUCCAUCCCGCCUCUACGGAUCGGAAGCAAGCCCAACAGGCGAUUUUCCUCACGAUAUCAUGUUCCUGCUUGGACAAGACGAUUGACAAAUGACAUGGCAAACGAAUUCGCAUCAUGAGCGCUCAGCAAUGAAACCGGCACAUCAAACACUACGAUGCCUCGACGCCUUGGUCCUCAUGUGCAGAGCCGGAUACUCAUGAACCAAAGGCAUCAUCGUCAACUUCGAUAUUUCCAUCGCACCUUCCUCAUCCUCUCAUACAACCGUCCACCAGGGGAGGAGCGACCAAGAGUACCUGCCAUAUUUGGAGCAAGCUCUGCAUCGGUCGUACCUUCCUUGGAAUAUAGCUAGAUAGGUACGCUUAAGGAAAGAGCGAACAUCGCACCUUCUGUAUUCGAUUAUGAAAUUUGAGAGGCAAGUGAUAAGUUCUGUACUUUGGCUGUCUACGCACGUGCUCUUAUCCCGUAAAUUGCGUUAUCAGACCAAGCGAACAACACCCCCACCCCCGUGCCUUGGCGAUCAAAUCAGCAAGGUGAUCCAGCACACGGAAAUGAUCCGAAGGCAACAAGCACAUAAAUCGGAG